UCCCAUUUCUCCAUAUAAACCCCACCAGCUCCCAACACUCCUUCGUCUCAGUGUCCAUCGUCGUCUUCUUCUUACCACUAUUCUUAAUUAAUUAAUUCCCUUCCAAUGGCAGCCAUGGCCACCACCACCGCCCUCUCCUCAAACCUCAUCAAGGCCUCCGCCUUCCACGGCACACCGGUCGCCACUUCCAGAGUCACUCCCAUCAAAUCCCAACAGCAGCAGAGCCAAACCAUCUCCAUGUCCAUGCUACAUGACCGACAUGAUCACCUACGCAGACACCGACGUAAUCGUGGUUGGUGCCGGCUCCGCUGGCCUCUCCUGUGCGUACGAGCUCAGCAAGAACCCCUCAAUCCGCGUCGCCAUCAUCGAGCAAUCCGUCAGCCCCGGCGGUGGGGCCUGGCUCGGCGGCCAGCUCUUCUCCGCCAUGGUGGUUCGCAAGCCCGCCCACCGCUUCCUGGACGAGUUGGAGGUGGCAUACGACGAGCAAGAGGACUACGUUGUCAUAAAGCACGCGGCGCUGUUCACUUCCACCAUCAUGAGCAAGUUGCUGGCGAGGCCCAACGUGAAGCUGUUCAACGCCGUGGCGGCGGAGGAUCUGAUUGUGAAAGGAGGGAGAGUUGGUGGAGUUGUCACAAACUGGGCCCUGGUGUCGAUGAACCAUGACACACAGUCGUGCAUGGACCCGAACGUGAUGGAGGCCAAGGUUGUGGUGAGCUCGUGCGGGCACGACGGGCCUUUCGGCGCCACCGGGGUUAAGAGGCUGAAGAGCAUCGGCAUGAUUGACAGCGUGCCUGGAAUGAAGGCCCUUGACAUGAACACCGCGGAGGAUGCCAUUGUUAGGCUCACCAGGGAGAUUGUGCCUGGCAUGAUUGUCACCGGCAUGGAAGUUGCUGAGAUUGAUGGUGCCCCCAGAAUGGGUCCAACAUUCGGAGCAAUGAUGAUAUCAGGGCAGAAGGCAGCUCAUUUGGCGUUGAAAGCAUUGGGAAAGAGCAAUGCCAUCGAUGGGACUUGUGGACUUGAAAUUGAAGAACCCCAAUUUGUUUUGGCCUCUGCUGAUACUGAGGACAUUGUUGAUGCUUGAAGUUUUCUAUUCAACUUAGGAUUUUCUUUUUUUU